AUGGGGAGAGGUAGGGUUGAGUUGAAGAGAAUAGAGAACAAGAUCAACAGGCAAGUGACCUUCGCUAAACGAAGGAAUGGCCUUUUGAAGAAAGCUUACGAGCUUUCGGUUCUAUGCGAUGCUGAGGUCGCUCUGAUCGUCUUCUCCACUAGAGGAAAGCUCUUCGAGUUUUGCAGUAGCUCAAGGCAAGUGACCUUCGCUAAACGAAGGAAUGGCCUUUUGAAGAAAGCUUACGAGCUUUCGGUUCUAUGCGAUGCUGAGGUCGCUCUGAUCGUCUUCUCCACUAGAGGAAAGCUCUUCGAGUUUUGCAGUAGCUCAAGGAGCAUUGAAAUACUCUAG